GUAGAUUUUCGUCGAUUGUACGUGGAUAUUUCAGACGUCCUCAGCAAUACUCGAAGUUCUACAUACGUGGUCGUCUAAUGUUAUCGUUUAUUGGUACUGAUUGGACAGUUUCACUGUUACAUGCCGGUUCCUAUCUAAAUAUUGAUGAUAUUUUGGCAUCUAAUGAACGUACAUCAUGCCGCGUUCGUGUAUCACUACCAUCUCUGGCUCCACUGCUACUUUCAGAUGUCAAAGAUAAAGUACAUGGUGAAGGCAUUAAUGAUGAUUGCAAAGCGUCAAAUGACGUCCCAGUAGGAAAAAGAGUUGAUCUACCGGUUUGGCUAGCUAUCGCUAUCGGUAGCGGAAGGAGACAAAUACUGAGCAUAGACUUACCUCCAAUUUAUCGAGAUGCCUUUACUGAAGUGUUCGAAGCAGAUCCUUGUGUAGUUGACCUUAAAAGAAAAGGAUCUAUGUAUUACAUGUUAUUAUGCAACUUACUGAUGUCAGGUCAUGUAAGAGUCCCACAAAUUGUUGCUACUGGCACUAAGGUUUUUCAGUCACGAUUGAAGAUGAUUAUGGAUGCCUCACUUAAUGCUUCUCGACAAGAUACUUUGUCGUCUACAUCUAAGUAA